GGGCGAAUGGCGAAAACAGCUGUUAGUUUCGGGCGAGCAUUCAACGAAGUCGCGUCGCAAGGAGUUACUUUUUGUUAUUGCGUGGAAAUGCCGCUGAAUUACUUUAAACCACACAACGAACGCAAGAGAUUUUGAACGCCGACCACAACCAAUUGGAGCACUCGAGAACAUUGAAGGAAAAUCAAUAGGAGCAUCUGCUAGGACACGAUGGUCUUCGAGGCGGUGGUGGCCGAUGUCCUGAACAAGGUCCUCGGCGACUACAUAGAGAACUUGGAUCGCAACCAGCUGAAAAUCGGCAUUUGGGGAGGCGAUGUGGUCUUGCAGAACCUCAAGAUACGCGAGAAUGCGCUGGACGACUUGGACCUGCCUGUGCAGCUUAUCUACGGUUACCUAGGCAAACUGGUGCUGAAAAUCCCCUGGAAGAAUCUGUACAGCCAGCCGGUGAUUGUCAACAUCGACGAUCUCUACGUCCUGGUCUCGCCCAACAACAAUGUGCAGUACAACGCCGAAAAGGAGGCCAAAUAUGAGAUGGACCUCAAGAAGGCGGCGCUGGAUGCCCUGGAGGCAGCUCGAAAAAAGGAGCUGGAAAAGGAUCAGCCCAAACCCGAUGCCGGGUUUGCCGAGAAGCUAACGGCUCAGAUCGUGAACAAUCUGCAGGUGCAGAUAACCAACGUUCAUCUGCGCUACGAGGACACCACCACCACGGGCAGUCCCUUCUCCUUCGGCAUUUCGCUGCACGAGCUGGAGCUCUACACCACCGACUGCGACUGGGAGAAGUGCUACAUGGCCCAGCAGGCGUCGCAGGUCUUCAAAAUAGCGAAUCUCUCCUGCCUCUCCGCCUAUCUGAACUGUGGUGGUCAGCUGUACGCCGACGAUAAGAGUACGCUUGCGAGUCAGUUCCAGGCGAACAUUGCUUCCAAGGAUUCGAAGCCCAGCCACUACAGCUACGUGCUCGGUCCCAUCUCCUGCAAUGCCAAGCUGAAGCUGAACAUGAACCCGGAGCUUGAUAACCCUCCCUUCGAGAAGCCGAAGAUCGACCUCACCCUGGAGAUGGAAAAGCUGAACGUGGGCAUGACCAACACGCAAUUCGAUAAUCUCAUGAAGCUGGGCGAUGCCAUGAAUCGCCAGCAGUUGGGCAUUCCCUACCGGAAGUAUCGUCCCUACAACUUACCCUACAAAGGUCAUGCCAAAGAAUGGUGGCAAUUCGCAAUAACUUCUAUUCUGGAGGAGGAGGUCAAGAAACCCCGAGAGAGUUGGACUUGGCAACACAUGCGGACGCAUCGUGAACUCUGCAACACCUAUGCACAGAAAUACAAGGAGCAGUGCCUCAACAAGAAGCCGUCAGCUGUGCUGACAGAAACCUGCAAUUUGCUGGAAACGAAGCUGGACAUAUUUAACCUGCUGCUGAUUCGUCAGAGGGUCAACAUCGAGAUAGCCAAGCAGCGGGAGGCAGUGCCGGAGCAAAAACAGGGAUGGUUCAGUGGUUGGGGAUGGGGUGGCGGCGCCAAGAAGGAUGAGCAGACCGCCGGUCAGAAGUUAGUGGAGAAGUUCGAAGCGGCGAUGACAGCCGAGGAGAAGGAGAAGAUGUACAGGGCAAUUGGCUAUCAAGAGAACGCCAAACCCAGGGAUCUGCCCGACCACUACGAGGCCAUCAAGAUGAACUUUAAGCUGAUCGCCCUGGAGGUCGGGCUGUACAAGGACGACCACGCAGGCACCGUUGAGUCGUACGACUACCAGGCCCUGCCUUCUCUGGUCCUGUUGAAGUUUUCGAUGGCCACGGCUUCGAUCACCCAACGGCCAGCUGCCGAGGCCAUAAGCAUCACCGCCGGCAUGAGGGAGCUCAAGGUAACGGGUCUCAAGCGGAAGGAGUGCACACCCUUGUUGGUGGAGUCGAAGAUCACCGACGAGUUCAACCUGCUGGACGUGUUCUUCGAGACGAACCCAUUGGACAAGAUGUGCGACCAGCGGGUCAAGGUGGUGGCGCGUCCGCUGCAGAUUAUAUACGACGCGCCCACCAUCCUGGCCCUGAUCAACGCCUUCCAGCGGCCUGGCGACGUCACGCUCUCCAAGUUUGAGGACGCGGCUAGCACGCAAAUGUCCAGCUUCAAGGAGCGCUCGGCCACCGGCAUGCAGUACAUGAUCGACAAGAAGGCGGUUCUGGAUGUGGACAUUCUGCUGAUGCCAAACAUUCUGGUCUUGCCCCACAAGGGAGUCUACGAGGCGGACAACACGUCGCUGUUGGUUGUCAGCAUGGGCCAGGUGCACCUCUCCAGCCAACCGCGUAGGGAGCACACCAAGCUGCAGCAUCUGUUCUCCGCCGGCGAGGACAAGGACGAGAUCCUCAAGACGGUGAUGGAGAAUGCCUACGACAGGUUCACCGUGGAGGUGGAUGACGUGCAGAUGCUGGUGGUGCGAGCUGGGGAGCCGUGGCAGAGUGCGCUGAAAGAAGCCAGCUCCACGGAGAUGCACGUCCUGCGACCCGUUUCCCUGAAAGUCACUGCCGCACUCUGUGUGGUCGACAACGAUCCGCGACUGCCCAAGAUCAAAGUGGACAUCGACCUGCCAGCGAUCCUGGUCAAUGUCUCGGAGGAUCGCGUCUUUCUCGCCAUCAGGGUGGCCACGAGCAUUCCGCUGCCGGAGCAACAGCAGCCGGGGGCGAAGGUCACGCUGACACACUCGCGCAGCUCCAUGUCCAUAUCCAACUUUAUCAACAAGGAAGUCAAAAAGAUAGGUCCAAGCAGCAAAUCAGCUCCGAUGCUCGACGAGAUCACGCAGUACACCAAUUUGGACGUUAACUUCUCUCUGGGGGAGAUCUACUUCGUCCUGUUCCAGUCCAGUACACGGAGCGAGACGAGCUCCGACGUAUCCAUUGAGUUCCUAACCCCAGACGGUGAUCAACUUCCUUCCCAGCUAACUGAUCCAAUAGCGGAGCCCCUAGAGCGACCACCGCGAAAUCCUCCCCAACAGAUUUUGUCCAUCGACAUCCGCCGACUAGAGGCCCAUUUUGCAUCGCGAACUUACGAGUCUGUGGCCACAGUGAAGCUGGGGGACAUUAAUCUGCGACAGUACGGCUGCAGUGAGAGAGGCCUGGAGGACCUGGAGGUCAUCCACACGCCCAAAAAGGAGAACAGCUCCAACUACCUGUUCACCGUCUCGUGCACCAUUGCAGACAAGACAUCGCCAGAGUUCAGCACCAAGUAUAACUCAACGGAGCAGCUGGUCGUGGCCAACUUCGAGGUGCUUCAGAUCGUGCUGCACCAGGAGUGCCUGCAGCGUCUCAUGGAGGUCGUGAACAACUUCCAGAGAAACCUGGACGUGGUACUUUCGACCACCCGGCCACGAGAUCGAAUGGGCUCCAUUGGGGCUGGCGAUGGCAUCAAACGGACGCUUAAUGUCAUCCUCGAGGACACGGAGGAAAUAAUGACCACCAAUCAGAUGAAGCGCCGCAAGAGGACGCGCCACAACCGCGUCGUAGAGACAGUGAAGGUGCGUGUGAUCGCAAAUCUAGACGAAGUGGGCCUUCUGCUCACCACCCGAAGUCGGCCGUUGGCCGAAAUGAACGUGAAGAAAUUCGUAUCCAGUCUGAUCAUGAAGUCGUCCUACACUGAAGUUAAUAUUGGCCUGAAGGACAUCCAGGUCUUGGACCUAAACCCUCACACCAUUCACCAGAAUAUUCUGAGUAUUGUUGGCAAGGACGCCUUCAACUGCCAGGUGGUGCUGUACAACAAGGAGGAGACUCUCGACUACAACUCCGAUGACAUGAAGAUCACGGUGGAUAUUGGCUGCAUGAAGAUCAUCUUUCUCAACUGGUUCGUGACAGGCGUGUUGAACUUCCUGAACAACUUUACAGAGUUCCAGGCGACACUGUCGCAGGCUAGUGUUGCGGCGGCGGAGUCCGCUCGCCAGAAGGCACUGGAUGCCUACCAAACGGCCACCCGCAUGAAGCUGAAUGUCCGCAUCAAGGCACCCAUUAUCAUUGUGCCAGUUGGCUCAAAGGACUCGAAUGCCCUGUCGCUCGACUUGGGUCUGCUGGAGCUGACGAACAACACGGUGGAGGUGGCGGUGGCCAAUGAGGAGCGGCUGGCCGUCAUUGACGAGAUCAAGUUGUGUAUAUGCGACGUUAAGAUUUCCAAGGUGGUCUUACUGGAUGGCAACGAGUCGACUGUUGAUGAAUUGGACGCCGCUGUGGGUUAUUGUUCUAAAUUUAAUAUGAUGAAUCCCAUGAGUUGCACCCUGCUGGUAACCCGUAACUUGUCGUACACCUGGUACAGGGAUGUGCCCGAACUUAACCUUUCUGGUCGCUUGAAGUCCAUAGAGCUCACUCUCUUCACGGACGAUUACGCCUUGGUCAUGAUGAUCCUAAAUCACAACAUCAACGAGGGAUUGGAUGAGUUCCCCCCCAGCGAGGAGGCGAUACCGGAGCCAAAGCAACCGAUCCAACGACGUAGUUCUCGUGUUGAUCGGACUCCCCGCGCUGUCACUGCUUCUCCCAAACGAGACAAGAUUCACGAAUCGAUGAAGUUCAACUUCCAGUUUGACGGUGUGAUCAUAAAUCUGAUGGAGGGUGAAGACGCAGGACUCGCCCGGUUUGGAUUAUAUUUCCUUUCCAUUAAGGGCACAAAGCUGGACAACGGCACACUGAGCACCUCAGUGGUUCUUUGCAAUGUCCAAGUAGAUGACACGCGCAAGAACUCCAAAAGCCAGAUCCGACAGUACCUAAGCCGCAAGGACUGGGUUCAGCCCAAGUUGGAUGCGGAGGAGAUUAUCGAUGCCUGCUACAGCGAUCGCAACUUCAUGGUCGAUUUGACGGCCAUAAUAAAGGAGGGCGACACAUUUGCUGAGGUCCGAGUGCGAGCCUUCGACCUGAUCGUCUCCAUCGACUUUUUGCUGAGACUGUCAGCCUUCCUCACCCUUCCGCCUGACGAGACUCCUCGCUCGUCUUCGAUUGUGAAGCCAGUACUGGUUGCGGAAACAUCUCAGGAGACCAAGCAGUCCAUUCGCUCCUCCGCCCUGUUGGUCGCCAACGAGCUUGUGCCUGCGGAGGUAAACGUGCCGAACCGUAAGAUGAACCUCUUACUACACAUCGAUGAACCAGACAUAAUAUUGGUGGAAAACCUGGAAGAUCUGAACACCAGCUGUAUUAUUUUUAAUGCCCAAGUUAAUUUGAACUACCGCAGCAUUAACGACAGACAGAUCAUAAACGGUCAGAUUGACGCACUCAAGAUGUACAUGAGCGCUUUCCUGCCGGAGCGGCGCGAACUGACCCGCCACUACAUCCUGCAUCCGUGCGUCAUUAGCCUGCAAGGCUCCACGCCCGAGGAGGAGGGUCUGCACAUCAGCCUGAAGCUGAGCGACAUCAUCGUCAACGUGUCGCCGGCCACCAUUGAGCUGCUGAACAAGGCCAUGGUGAGCGUCACUAGUGGCAGCUUGGCGAAGACCGCCAUUGCCGAGGAGUCGCGUAACUACUCGACCCUGUGGCAUCAGCACCACUUCCACAGCCGCUCAUUCUGGUUCACCAGGGUGGAGCAGGCCGUCGAAGCCAUGGAGGUGGAGCAGAUACCAAGCAAGGAGAAGCUAAAGACGGAAAAGUGCGUGAUCGAGAUCCCCAGCAUAACGCUGGUGAUCGAGUCCGGCGUUGGCUACUACACGAAGCCACUUAUCUCGCUGGACACCCGCAUCACAGCCGUAUUCAACAACUGGAGCCGUAAUCUCACUGCCAACGGCUCGUUGACACUGAACAUGAACUACUACAACCAAGCUCUAGCCGAAUGGGAGCCAAUCAUUGAGCUCAACGAGGUGAUCGGCCGCAACGGAGUCCACGAGUACACCCCUUGGGAGCUGAAGUUCGAAAUGGGCAUGGAGAAGGUGCAGAGCGAAGUGGAAGACGAUGUCGAGCAGCAGGCCAUGCACAUGAAUAUCAGCUCAGAGGAGACGCUCGAGAUCACGUUCAGCAAGUCGUGCCUGGGCCUGCUGAGUGAGCUUGGCGAGGCCUUCUCGCAGGCCAUCGAUGAGAAGGGCUUGACGAAGCCGGAGAUCGUGGCUCCUUACGUGGUGGAGAACGACACUGGCUUCGACAUCAAUCUGGAUCUCCGCAAGGGCAUCUUCACGCUGCACGAGGUGCACCGGGGAGGCACCUCGCUGGGUGUGAGCAGUACCCUCCUCCUGUCCACCAAUCUGGCGGAGGUCGAUCCCAACCAAAUAAAGACCUGCACGAUUUCCUCGGGCGGUCGAGCGUACCUGCAGACCAAGGACUUGAGCACGUUGUCCGAGGAGGAUGCCGAGGACUACAGCCUAUAUGUGACGAUUGGCGACAUUAACAAGGAAAUCGCUCUGCCCGUGUCCAAGUCGGACACUCGUUUCUUUAACCUGAUGCGCAGCACGUCCCAAGAGCCGUGGGGCAUUAUCUCGGAGGUGAAGCAGGAGUACGGAACCACGAAAAUCAACAUUCACGGAGUUGUCAGUGUUCAUAAUCACUUUACGACCGGUAUGAACAUUUAUCGACGCAAUCCCGCGCCCACUGCUCAAAGCUUCGAGGAUAUUUACGUCGGACGGGUUCGUCCUGGCGAGGUGUUCCAUGUGCCGUUGCACGCCAUCUACGCGGAACACAAAGACCUCUACUUCUCGAUGAAGGGCUACAGAACCUCAGUGCAGGGCAUUUCGUGGAGUGCAAGUCCCUCGGACCUCAACUAUUCGCACCAGCUGCAUUGCGACCCGACCAAGACGUUUGAGCCGCUCAUCAUUAAUGCGCGGAGAAAGAAGUCUGAGGUCUACUUCGAGAACACCACGAAGUACACGUUGCUCAGCGCCUUCUACACGAUUCACCUGCGCCCGCCUCUCUAUCUGCGCAACUCCCUGCCCAUCAAUAUCCUAGUGUCGGUGGCCGGUUGCUCGGUCCGAAAGGAGGACGGCCUGGAUGGCCAGUCGUCGAUGAAAGUAUUUGACAAGGGAUACAGCAAGGAGGAUUUUCUGGACUACGGUGAAAAGGAGGUUCAAUCGGGCGAUGUGCUCCAUCUGCCCACAGUUCGAUUAGCCUCAAGGGACAAGGAAGCGAAAAGCUUCCUCGUUGUGCGGCUGGUUCAAUAUCUGGAGAAGGACUGGUCCUGUGCCACCGAGAUCUGGGAGUACAGCGAUGACGUUGUCACCUGGACGUUCUCGUCGUACGACUCGGAGAUGAAGGUGGACAUGGAUCUUUAUGUGAAGACAGAGAAUCGGCAUGGCAGCAUGAUGCUUACGAUCUACAGCCCCUUCUGGAUGAUCAACAAGACGGGAAUGAUGCUCACUUACAAGACCGAAACGACCUCCGUGGAAGUGCUGUACCACCCUCCCGAAUACUCUGGACCCAUUUUGUUCACAUUUCGAGAUAAGUUCUUCUUCGACAAGAAGAAGGCCUCGAUCCGCGUCGACAACGGCCAAUGGAGUGAGAAGAUCCCCCUGGACGUGGCCGGUUCGAUUGGCGAGGUGAUCUGCCACUCGAACAACCAAAAGUAUCCCAUCGGUGUUCACAACCACUUGACUCAGAAUUCCCUGACCAAGCAGAUCACCUUCAUCCCCUUCUACAUUGUGUGCAACAAGUGUCGCUUCAGCAUUGAGCUGCAGGAGCAGAGCCGCCCAGCCGAUCCCUGGCUGCAUCUGGAUCCGAAUCAAUUCGAACCCCUCUGGCCGAGAAACGACUCCAAGAACAACAUGGUGGUGCGAGUGGAUGGCAAUGUGACUCCGGCCUUCGACUUCACGGAGGUGAUAUGCACGCUUCUAAAGCUCGAAAACAGCAGACACGGCGGCAUCAACGUCGACGUCCAGACCACAGAGGGCGGCGUCUAUAUCACCUUCACCGACUACAAACCAGCCGAUGCUCCCGGCCUGCUGAUCAAUCACACCGGCAAGCAGGUUGUCUACUACGAGAAGGGGACGAGAAACGAGCAGAUCCUCAAUGCCAAGAGCACGGUUAUGUAUGCCUGGGACGAUCCGACGGGUCCCAAAGCUCUCAUAUUUGGCGCCAACAAGCAGGAGACGGAUCUGAAGCGUGACAAUAUCGGCGAAGUGGUCAUGCAGGACGGCAGUAAGGUUCUGUGGGUAUCCUUUUUGGACGGCCUGCAACGUGUGCUCCUCUUCACCGAGAACGAAUCGAUCGCCAAUCGCACCGAGAGCACGGCUUCGCUGCAAUCCAUCACCCAGAGCAUCGAUCUGAAAAUCCACGGCAUCGGACUUUCGGUGAUCAACAACGAGUCGGGCCUGGACAUACUGUACCUGGGCAUCACCAGCUCUGGAAUCAUUUGGGAGUCGAAGAAGGUGACGAAGAAGCGCUUCAAGGAGUUCACCAUUUACGAGAACGGGCUCCUCGAGAGCGAGUACCAGAAGUAUCUGGUUCACAAGAGUGUCAACGACGUGCAGACCUACAAACUGGACAACAAGUUCCCGAUCGACUUUGACCUUAUGAUCCUAAAGAAGUCGGUGGAUCGAAACAUAAAACGCAGCUUUUAUCCGGCGAUUUGGGUGUCCCGCAAGUCGUCGCCAUUCCAGAACCAGCUGCACGUCAAGAUCAAUCGCAUCCAGGUGGACAACCAGUUCAUGGAUCCAAUAUUCCCGGUGGUGCUGGCGCCAAUACCACCGCCGAAAAGCGUGGCGAACACCACCACCCUAAAGCCGUUCAUCGAGUGCAGCAUGGUGCAGCGCAUCAUGCCGAACUCGCAGGUGCGGCAGUUCAAGUACGCCAAGAUCCUGAUCCAGGAGUUCCUGUUCAAGGUCGACCUGCUCUUCCUCACGGCCAUAGCGGAAAUGUUUGCCAAGGAAGUGUCCGACGAGGUGGCGGCCAAGCAGUUCCAACAGGACGUCGAGUCCAUUGAGAUGCCUCUCUCCGCCUUCUUCGAGGAGCACUCGCUGGAAGAGCAGAAGAGCUUCUACGACAACCUGCAUUUGGGCCCGCUCAAGAUCCAUGUUAGCUUCUCGAUGGCCGGGUCGGACACAAAGGCGUUGCCCGGCUUCCUGGGCACCUUAGUGCAGGGCGUGGGCGUGACUCUGACGGACGUCAACGAUGUGGUCUUCCGACUAGCUUUCUUCGAGCGCGAGUACCAGUUCUUUACCCAGCAGCAGUUGAUCAACGAGACCACCUCGCACUACACGGGCCAGGCCCUGAAGCAGCUGUAUGUGCUCGUCCUCGGCCUGGAUGUGCUGGGCAAUCCCUAUGGCCUGGUGGUGGGACUCAAAAAGGGCGUCGAGGAUUUGUUCUACGAACCGUUCCAGGGCGCCAUUCAAGGACCCGGUGAGUUUGCCGAGGGUUUGGUGCUGGGCGUGAAGUCCCUCUUUGGCCACACGGUGGGCGGGGCUGCAGGCGCCAUGUCCAAGAUCACUGGUGCCAUGGGCAAGGGCUUGGCUGCACUGACCUUUGACGAGGACUACCAAAAGAAGAGGCGCCAGGGAAUACACAACAAGCCGAAGAACUUCCACGAAGGACUAGCCCGCAGCAGCAAGGGCCUGGUGAUGGGCUUUGUGGACGGUGUCACUGGCGUUGUAACCAAACCCGUGAGUGGGGCUCGCGACAACGGAGUCGAGGGCUUUUUCAAGGGCCUGGGCAAGGGUGCUAUUGGACUGGUGGCUCGCCCCACCGCCGGCGUGGUUGACUUCGCCAGUGGCAGCUUCGAGGCUGUGAAACGGGCGGCGGAUGCGAGCGAGGAUGUGAAGCGCAUGCGUCCGCCGCGCUUCCAGCACUACGACUUUGUGCUGAGACCCUAUUGCUUCAUGGAGGCGACGGGCAAUAAGAUAAUGAAGGAAACCGACAAGGGCAAGUUUGCCACCACGGACAACUUUAUCCACUGCGAGGAGAUCAUCCAGAAGUCCGAGUACCUGGUGGUGACCAACUAUCGCCUGAUGUACGUCCAGCGCAACGAGAUGUUCGGCAUCUGGACGUCCCUGUGGUCCUACCUCUGGAGCGAGAUCAGCUCCGUGGCUGGCACACCCCGCGGUGUCCAGAUCACAGUCAAGGCGGAGGGCAAGAAGGUAAUGGGCCUGUUUAGCAGCAAGGAGUCGCCCCGAAAGCUGGUGCUGCUCGGCGACGAGCGCAAACGUGUCGCCCUGCUGGACAUCAUUGAAUCUCAACGCUCGGACCCCAAUCCCCUAAGGGCCACCCUCAGCUAUCCGGGGAGCAUGUAGCAAUAGACCUGAAUUUAUAUCCCUACUGUAUUAUAAUCCACGCACAUCCCCACGGCACCGCAACGACAUGGAAAUCUACCUCGAUCAUCAAGAUUCUGUCUGUCCAAGCACCUUGCACCAUGCACAUGCCCCCAAUUGGAGAGGUCACACUCACGUGUCGUACUUUUACGUAUGCUAACAACCAUUAUGUUUUGAUAUUAAAAUUUUAUGUCAAAGUUUA